CAGGCUCAGAGGAAAUCGGAGAAGUGCCGACGUAGCAGCCGCGCGUCAAGUAAAACAGUCCGGCUACCGGUGCUCUUCUCUGCGCCGCUGCUCCGCUCCAGCCGCCCGCCCGAGGGAUUCAUAGGCCCGUUUGUCAACUUUCAACAUGUCCAAAGUGAACAGCGGUUCUCCCGGUUGUCGGGCCAUGGUAAUGGCAGGAAAGUUCUUGUCCAGACCGUCUUCCUCGGCGCUGCCGCGGAGCUCCAGCCUGCAGCAGCAGCAGCAGCGGAGGAGGAGGAUGUUCGCUCCGCCGCACCGGGCGCUGAGCUCCGGCGCGGCAGGCACGGGAGGAAAAACCGCGGCUUUGGCCCAGCAGGAGAACACGGGCUAUUUCUCCGCCGCAGACCGGCAUGUGCUUCCCAACCGGAAUCUGAUUUACCGGGACGUGAAGGCUUUUCUCAAUGAAGUUGGUGGAAACCCCCGGGAGGCUCGGUACUGGCUGACCCAGUUUCAGAAAGCGGCUUCGGCUCAGUCUCCUGCCUUUGCAGUGCUGGAGGUGGACAGCUCGGUGCUCGACGGCAGGGAAAUGGUGCAGAGCCUGGCCUUCGGGCUGUCCUUCCUGCAGCGGAUGGAUAUGAAGCCCGUGGUGGUGAUGGGCUGGUCCGAGCACCAGGAGACGGGGCUGGCGGAGCCGGUGGCCGCCCGGGGGCUAGUGAAGCGGUGCCAGCAGCUGACCGAGGCCCUGCAGCAGCACUCGGCCACCGUCCUGCCCUUCUUCUCUGCAGAGUCCUUCCUCCUGCUGAACGAAGCGUCGCAAGGAAGCAGUGCGCCGCCCUCCAUUGCUGUGGAUAUCAGCCUCCUCCAGUGGAGUCUGGAUUGUGGGACAAUCCCGCUGGUUUGCCCGGUGGGGCGAGACGGGCAAGGUUGCUCUGCAACACUGGACCCGACGGAGGUGACGGCAGCCAUUUCCAGAGUGCUGCAGCCCCACAAAGUCAUGUUCCUGAACAACUCGGGAGGCCUGCGCAGCAAAGAACACAAGGUGCUUGACACGGUGUCAUUGCCUACGGACCUCCCCGCUCUGUCCGUGGCGUCGUGGCUGAGCGUGGUCGAGCGGCGCAGAGUGACCACCAUAGCCAGACUCCUCAAUCAGCUGCCGACCGAGUCGUCCGCUGUGAUCACCUCGGCUGACACGCUGCUGACCGAGCUGUUCAGCCACAAGGGUUCGGGGACGCUCUUUAAAAAUGCCGACCCCAUACACCGGUACAGUUCUCUGGAUGGGAUCGAUGUGACUCGUCUGCUAGCUCUCAUCAACAAGUCUUUUGAUAAGACGUUGAGACGUGACUACAUCGAUUCUCUGGAAGGGCGGCUUCACUCUAUCUACCUCUCUGAAGGCUACAGUGCUGCAGCCAUCAUCACCUUGGAACCGGUGAACAGCGGCACUCCCUACCUCGACAAGUUUGUGGUGAGCAGCAGUAAGCAGGGCCAGGGCACCAGUCACAUCCUGUGGGAGUGUAUCAGGCAGGACCUGGGCAAACUGUUCUGGAGGUCUAGGGCCACCAACAGGAUCAACCCUUGGUACUUUAAACACUGCGAUGGCAGCUUUGUUAAUGGCGUGUGGACCGUCUUCUGGUUCGGCCUGGCGGACAUCAGAGAAUCCUACGAGUUGGUGGAAUACGCCAAGAGCCUCUCCGACUCAUUCGUCAGCUCUGCUCUCUCCUCCGCCUCCCAGCAGUCUCCACCUCCUGCGUCCUAGCUGCCCGGCUCGCUAGCUCAGGGGUUUUAGCUCUGAGGGCUCCGGAGAAUCCUCUCGUCGAGCCCUAGAGUAUAUAGAAUGUGGUAUUCUUUCUCACCGAAACCUUUUCUGUUGUGGACUUUUCUUGGUUUUUUUUUUUCCUCUACUGUGAGAAGAAAAGGUACGGUUUUAAAGGUAAACUCUUAAAGGUGAAGGUAAAAUCUGUAAAUUACGUUCUAUUUUUAAAGCUGGGUUUAUCCCCCAAAGCCUUUUUGUUCAAGGUUUUUUAGAAACACAACAUCUAUAGUAAGGUUGCUUAGUCUGAAAAGGGCAACUUUGUCGGUGUUUCACAUCCAGAUCACUCUGCAGAGUUGAAACCUCAAGCUAGUGUUUACUUUGUACUGUGGACCAGGCACUGCCAGACACUGUGUCCCUUCCAGAUCUUAUGCUUAUGUUGAAUCUCUCCAGACCUCUUUUAUAGUAGACGUUUUGACUUGUCUUCACUAAUUCUACCUCUGUCCAAGUCAACAUAUCUAUUGGGAGAUGGGUCUGGUAUUUUAGGGGCGUUUUGCCAAUUUUGCACAUAGAGGCUUGUUUACUUGUCUCAAGGACAGGAGCUUUUCAGAGUUUGACAAAAAUGACCCAGAUGAGGACGGAGCUCGGCUUUGGAGACCCACCUUAUUUACUGUGGUUGGGGAUUUCGUAACACGUGAGAUUCCAAUGAAAGACAGUCAGGAUAUCGCGUCCGAUGCUCUAAUUUUGACCAUUCCCUUUUAAAAAAAAAAAAAAAAAAUUACCUGACGUCCGAAGGUUUGUAAGAGAUGGAGAAGUUACGGCACUUUCAAGAACAUGCUUGGCAGGUUACCAUCUGCCAGCUACAACCAAUAACGCUAAUGCUAACACUAACCUCAUAAUGUGAAGCCUAGCAGGACGGAUUGUUGCGUGAUCCCACAGAACAUGUUUGCUCUUCGUUUCCUGGUUUUUCAGCACUUCUUCAAAGAGUAUUAAGCACUUCAGAUCAAACACUCCACAACCCAGAAUCUGGACUUCUGUACAUGUGCCAAAGUUUAACACAGGGAGUUAAAACACUUUACAAUUCACUUUUUUUUAAUUUACGCUGUAGUGUAAAUUUUUAGAUUCAAUUUUCAGCCUUAGUGAUACAAACAUUUUUCACAGAUACACAACAUCCAAACUAGUCUGUUUUCUUUUAUAGUGGAGAUGAGUACAGUUUUGUUUUUGACCAGUUGGUGGAGCUAUGCAUAAGCGGUGUUUACAUAUUUGACAUUUAAAAAAAAAAAUAUUAAAAAUAAAGCUAUUAUUAUAUGUAUUGGAACAGAGACUAAUACAAGUGAAUAGCUAAGAUUACUGAACUACACAAAAAAAACUUCAUUUGAAUAGUUCAGUUUAUUUUUGUGAUUUUGUAGAGAAUUUAUUUUAAUAAACCUAGUUUCACUUGAA